AUGGCAGGAGUUGACCUGGAAAAGUGCAAGCGUAUCGUACAGUACUUCUGGGACCCAGAACCCAAAAAUGACACCGUACCAGAGGCCUCGAUCUGGUGCCUGGGGCGAGAGUACACGGUCACCCCGCCAGAAACCGAACCGAGUGCUGGUGAGUCCCAAAUCGCCACUUCGCAAGGCAGAGCUGCUAACAGUUUUCUUCCCCUCUGCACGAAAGAAGCAAAAAAUACAACCAUCGAAGGGCCGAAAAGCCCGAACGAGGGGAUCGCAAACACCUGGCCAGAGGAGUUCCUCGAUGACUUUGAAUCGAGGAUAUGGAUGACAUACCGCUCUCACUUCACCCCCAUCCCACGCAACAACACACCAGAGGCAGCGUCCUCAAUGACGCUGGGGGUUCGCCUGCGUAGUCAGCUAAUGGAACCCCAGGGAUUCACAUCAGACACUGGGUGGGGGUGCAUGAUUCGAUCCGGACAGAGUUUACUGGCGAAUGCGCUAUCGACCCUACGACUCGGGCGAGACUGGCGGAGAGGUCACUGGCCUGAGGAAGAAUCGAAAUUGCUGGCGAUGUUCGCAGAUCACCCGGAUAGUCCAUUCUCAAUACACCGAUUUGUCCAGCGCGGGGCCGAAUCAUGUGGAAAAUACCCGGGAGAAUGGUUUGGUCCAUCUGCCACUGCCCGCUGCAUCCAGAUGCUAUCGAAUGAAUGCGAGUCCCCCAAGCUACGGGUAUAUGUGACCAAUAAUACAUCCGAUGUCUACGAAGCGCAAGUGGCUGGCCUGGGCCGAGAUGAAACCGGACAGAUAAUGCCGGUCCUUAUUCUCCUUGGCCUCCGGCUGGGAAUUGAGCAUGUCACAUCGGUUUACUGGGAUGGACUGCGCGCCGCGCUACAGUAUCCGCAGUCGGUUGGAAUAGCUGGUGGACGUCCGUCAGCAUCUCACUACUUCGUGGGAGUCCAGGAUUCACACAUGUUCUUUCUCGACCCGCAUACAACCAGACCAGCGCUACCCGCACCCCAAACCAACAAAGUCUUCUCACCAGAGCAGCUUGAUAGCUACCACACUCGGCGGUUACGACGAAUACACAUUAAGGACAUGGAUCCAAGCAUGCUGAUAGGGUUUCUGAUUCGAGAUCAAGAAGACUGGGAGGAUUGGAAGCAGCGCGUCCAGAAUUCGCCUGGCAAGCCCAUAAUUCACGUACUGGCAGACGAAAAGCAGACGGACCAAAGCCAUGAGAGACUUGAGGCUCUGGACGAGGUGGAAGCGCUGGAUGACUCCGACAGUGCAGAGUAA